AUGCAAAAAUGUUGCAACAAUUGUAGUAAUAAAAACAAUUACUACCAGCGGCAAGAAUGUUCAUGUGUUUAUUGCGGUGUGCAAUUUUUUUGUGAUGAUUUGUCUGUCGAUUUGAGCCAUGAUAUAAAUGCUGCGGAUUCAAAGUCUCCUGCAAGGUCUUCUAGUUGUGAAUUGCCGGCAACUACAGAGGUUUACAAAUGUGCAUAUUGCGAAAGAUUUAAACCUCGUCAAAAAUUAGGACAAGUCACCGAGAAUAAAAAAGAACUCAAACUAUGGAAUCAAGUCCUCGGAAAAACGUUCAUAAGAAAUGUGGAAGCCAACGUUGAAAGAAGCUAUAUUUGUUACGAUCACUUCUUUCUGCCUGAAAACAGCAAAUCAAUUCCGGAUGGAAUUAUUCCACUCGCCAAUUGUGAGUUUUUUUACGCCGAAGUUUUUUUUUGUAAUUAUUUCAAAACAUUUUCAAUUAUUAAUAGUUCAACCACAAAGAAAUCACUCGUAUUCUGGUGAUGCUAUUGCGCGGGCGAAAUAUAGAACGACAAGAAAAGGCGGAAAGGCAAUGGCGCAAGGAGCCAAAGUUGGAAGUUGCGAUUAUCCAUCUACUGUUGUUGGAAGAUAUGUGCCAGAACGAUCUUGUGCGAAUUCGGAAGGUAGGAGAUAUGUUUCGGGAGGAGCGGGAAUUCGGGAGCUGGGAGAUAUGUUUCGGGAGGAGCGAGAUCUUGCGGGAAUUGAUCUUUGCGGGAAAUGAAAUUUACACGCUGGCUAUUUGCCAACCAGUUUGAUGUGCAUGUGUCACGUCAUUUUAGUCUACUGUACCUGGUUUUGAAGGUUAAAUUUUUCAGUUUGUAUAAUAUAAUUUGUGUAUUACGUCAUUUUUUACAGAAAUCCAUCAUUAUAUGAUCCAACAGCAGCAACAUAUGCAACAGCAACAGAGAGCUAUGAUGGGAAUUGCCCAACCACCAGAAAGACAGCGAGCGCAACCGCAACAAGCUCAGCCACAACAAGCUCAACCGCAACAAGUUCAACAUCAGAAAAUGGGUAGACAGCUUCAAGGAGCACAAGCUAUGCAUAAUCAAGCAAGAUUCAUGAAUCCAAUAUAUAAUGUAAAUUAUUUGCCAAACCAUCAAGGCGAAAUUGUUUUGGAAAUGAGAAUGAGACCAUAUCCUCAACAGCAACAACAACAGCAGCAGCAAGUUCAACCUCAAAAUCAACAAUUGCCUAUUGCACCUCCAGCACGGCAACAACAAGCGCAACAAGUUCAAGUUGGUCAGGGAAUAGCUGCACAAGCUGUACAACAAGGAGGUCCACAUCUUCAAGGUGUACAAGGGAAUCGUGCUGCACCUCAAAAUGCGCCUGCACCUCAUCGCGAGCGACCACCAUUUGUGAUUCCGCGUAAUACUGGUAUACCAGCUGUUGCUUAUUUGGCUCAAAUUGAAGAACCUGGAAGAAAUGCGACGCAGGCUCAGAGAGAUGAGUACGAAGAAAUUAUGAGUCGACAUACGACGGAAUUGAGAAGAAUUAACGUUGUUCAGGGAGAUCGGAAUAGACCAAAUGCUGAAGCAAGAGUUGAAGAGCCUGUUGAAGAACCACAACAAGAAGCUGAACCUGAACCUGAAGCUGAAUCAAGCAGUGAAGAUGAAGAGGAAGUUCAACAAUUCAAAGUAAGUGUAAUAAAUUUUGAAUGUAUCAAUAAAAUAAAAUCAAAAAUUUUCAGACUCCAACUGCUUCUCCUAAUUUUGCUGCUGGAAAUGACCAAGAAGAAGAGGAGGAAGAUGGCCGAAGUCGUCGUCCUAUGAAAAAAGCAGUUCGUCAAGUUCCAAGUUCUUCAAAUGAACCAGGUCCAUCAACAAGAAGAUCGGAUAGAAAAACAGUUGCAUUAGAAAGGGCAAAACAAUUGAUGGAAUCGAUCACUAUUUCACCUGCGAGAAAUCCACGUAAUUCUACUAGUCCGCUUCCAACAAAACGAUUCAGAAAAUCAGAGAAUCGUGAUGUUUCUGAUGAUACUCCAUCUACUUCAACCGCACCAACUUCAUUGGCUAUCGAUCCUAGACCGGAAGUGGUAGUCGAGGAAAACACAAGUGGAGAUGUUGGAGAUGAUGAAUCGGAAUCUAGAGAAUUGACGGCCGCACGAACAAGGUAAGUCACGCAAAAUAACUUUUAUUAAUUUUCCUGAUGCAAUCUUUUCAAUGGUCCAAAUGCAACUCACAUUUUUUAUAAUUGACUUUGAUUCCUCUAUUUCCUAGACCACCGAAAUAUGUGAAAUGGAAGAAAAUCAAAAACGUAACUCACGUGACAAGACUAGGUCACGUUUUGAAAAAAAACCGUGGACAAGAAUGCAACAUUUGUUCCAGCCUAAAUCUUUAAAAAUAGAAUUUUCAGACCACGUCGUUCAACGGUUUAUCGUCGCCUUGGUGGUCGUUUAGCUUCUCCUUCUGGCUCAAAUUCAUCGAAUACCUCAACUGAAACUCAUCCACAAACUCCACGAACUCGUUCAAAUCGAACAAAUCGAGACGCGUCACCUUAG